AUGUCGACACCAGUCUUCCUGGAGCAGCACCUGCAGCGCCUCAAGGUUCCGCACCCCGCGGUGCAGCAGGCAGUGGUGGUCGGCGUGUUUGAUGCCCUCGCCAAGACGCCCGGCCUGCCGCGAGCCGACAGGGACGCGGCCGUCGAGCAGUGCUUGGCCUGCGAUAGCAAGGCCGCUGUGGAGGCGGCAGUGCUGGCCCUGCUCCCGCUAGCGAGCGCCGGCGCCUCAGCCGCUGCCAGGGUGCAAGACCAGCUGCUCGCCGCGCUCAGCACGGCAGGGAGCCACACCGUGCCGGUGCUGGCUGACGCCCUGCUGCAGCUUUUUGAGGGCCAGCUGCAGCCAGCAACCCCCGUGCCGCCAAGCAGCCCAGCCCCCGCCGGCUGGCGCACCCAUCCGCUCAGCAAGGCGCUGCUCUCCAGUGCUGGCGCCGGCCAGCCGCUGGUGCUGGGAGUGGCGCGGCUGCUGAUGCGGGCAGCCGAGGCGGCGGCGGCCCCUGCAGCCGUGCCGGAUGCCGCGGUGUUUGAAAGGCUGCUGGCCCAGCUACGCCCUUUCCUCAGCUUUGUGCUGCUGGACUCACAGCUGGCCGCUCAGCACCCGCUGAUGCCACCCCAGCUACGCAGCACGCUGGCCCGUGUUGCGUGCUGCACCACCAGCCCCGCGGCCCAGGCCCAGCUACUGCAAUUCCUGGCUACACAUCUUCCAGCGCUGCGCCUCUCCCUGACAGCAUCGACGGUGGGCGCCUCGGCCGGCGGCACCAGCGCAGAGCUGGAGGCUGCUGCCAGUGCGGCAGUGGCGGAUGUGAUGGAUGUGGUGGAGAGCGCAGAUGAGGACCCAGAUGCAGACACCAUUGCCUCACUCGCCGCCCACCUGGUUUGCCUGUGUUACGACGCUGCACGGGCGCAGGCUGCUGCGUUGCUGCAGCAGUUGGGGGUGGCAUUGGCGCGCCUGGCCGCCUACUGGCCUCAGCUGGUGCUACCGUACGCCGCUGAUCUGGGCCUGCUGCUGCAGCAGCAGCCAAGAGGGUGGCUGGGAGGCGGUGAGGCCAAGGCGUUGAUGGCGCUGCUGGGCCAGCUGCUGCAACAGGCAGCCGGCACCGGGCCUGGCGAAGCGCGAGCAGGCUCUGGCGGCCAGCCGCAGCCUCAGCAGCUGGCGGCGCUGCUGCUGCUGCCGCUGCUGCAGGAGGUGGCAUUUAGCAACACCAAGUUUGUGAAGCAUUGGGCAGCCCACUUGCUGGCACUGCUUGUGCAGCUGACCCUGGCGGCCGCUGCCAGCAGCAACAGCGGUGCGACCAGCGGCAGGAGGGCAACCAGGGACCAGCAGCAGCUGGACGGUGGCGUGCUGCUUAUCGCCUGCGCCUUGCUGCAGCACCCGGCUCAGCCGGUGCAGCGUGCCUCACUCCAUGCCGCACUGGCAGCGCUGGCUGCCACGCCGCUGCUGGGACUGUCGCUGCUGCCGCUGCUGGUGCAGCAACUGCAGGGGCAAGUCAAGCUCUUCCUGUCAGGCAAAUGUCAGCGCCCACCCCGCCUUCUGCUGGACCUGCUGCGGGCGCUGCCAGCGGCAGGGCGCCACCCUGCUGCGCUGCCCUUUGUGCUGCGCACGCUGCAGCCGCUGCUGAGCGCAGGCUUUGCCGCACCGGGGCAGCAGCCUGGCCUGGCACUGCGCGUGUCACGCGCUGAGUGCCUGCGGGAUGUCGCAACCUCCGAUCCCGACAAGGCCGUAGAGCUGGUUGGGCUGAUCCAGGAGUCCCUGGCAGACGAGGCCCCCGCCGUGCAGGCUGCCGCCCUUGACUGCGUGGCCCUGCUGUGCGAGGCCAACGUGCUCGAGUUUUACGCGGCCUGGCACGUGGUGCACCGCGCAGCGCCGCGCCUGCCCGAUCACCCAGCAGCAGCGGCCGCCUGGGUGCGCCUGCUGGGGUGUGGUGCCCUGGAUGCCGCGGUGCAACCCCAGCCGGCCGCCGCCAUCAUCGAUGCGCUGUGGCUGGCGGCAGCGCACGAGGCUCCGCAGGUCCGCCGCCAGGCAUACGCCUCGCUGGCAGCCUUCCAAUUUGGGAUCCUCGAGGAGAUUGGUGCGCUGUGCCCGCUGGACUCUUACGCUGCCCUGCUGCGCGCCGAGCUGCGCCAGCCGACCCAGCAGCAGCGGGAUGCAACUGGCCGCGUGCGUCGUGCAGCGGCGCACGCAAUGGCAGAGUGUGAGGCCCUGUCUGUGCUGCCCAGCCAGCUGCUGGGCGGCUCCUUGGCGGCAGCAGCAGACCUGCUGGCACGGCUGCCGGAAGUGGCGCCAGCGGCGGUACUCUUCUUCUAUGCACCACCGCCUCCGUCUGAAGGCAGCAGCAAGACUGCAGCAGCGGCUGCCCGCCAGGCUGCAGCAGCCUACCAGGCCGUGUUUGCAGAGGUAGUGAGGCAGCAGGCAGCACCUGGCUCUGCAGCAACCGAGGACGCCAGAACAGCGGCGGAGGCUUUGCCGGCCUGGAGCGCGUUCCUGCGGCGCUGGAUGGCGGGGGUGCGGGCGGCCAGCCGCAGCAAGCAGACCAACGAACAGCAAAAGGGCCAGCAGCAAGUAGCCACCGAUGCCGCCCUACAGCCGCUGCCAGCCCUGGUCACAGCGGUGCAUGGUGCGCUGCGCGACGCGGCAGCGCCAGCAGGGGAGCAGCCAGCAGCGGUGAAGCGCGCCGCACUGGCGGCUCUUGGCGCCACCGCAGAGUCAGUGCGGGUGGCGUUAGGCCCCUCUGCGCUGCAGGAGCUGCUGAAGCUCAUGCAGCAGCAGCUCCAUGACCUUUGGACAGCAGCGUCAGGUGCAGCCGCAGCUGCUGCUGCUGCCACUGGGCUAGGCCUGGCAUGCAGUGCCCUGAGCAGCAGCACCGCGCAACUGCACCAGCAGGUGGCCGCCGCCAUGUCGCAGCAGCCGUUGGCGGCAGCUGGAAGCCCGGCUGCUGCUGCAGCACUCUGCACCCUGCUGCAGGCGUCGGCUGCAGCAGGAUGUAGCGCGGGCGUGGCGCCCGGCAAGGACGUCAGCAGCAGCCUAUGCCUGUUGCUCUCUGUAGCCAAGACUGGCGGCAGCCAUGAGCCAGCAGGAAGAUCAGCAGCAGCAGCAGACGGUCAAGUCGUGGGAUCCGCAGCGGCAGCAGCGGGCACCCUCCUUGCCUCAGCCCUGCGGCACGGCUUCACGCCAUCAACACCGGAGGAGGGGCCCACGGCAGUCCUGCAGCUGCUGCUGGCGGUGCCAGAUGCGGCUGUCAGGCUGCCACAUGCGGCGGCUGCCAAGCAGGGCGCGGCAGCUGGAAUAGCGGUACUGCUGACAGAGGGUGUUGUGGACCUUGCCAGUCCUCUGUACAAGACCGCAGUGGGUGUGCUGGAGGGGUUGGCGCUCAGGGACAGCAACCCGCGGGCCCGCCGCGCCUGUGCCGCACCCCUGGCCGCCCUCUGCUAUGCCAGCAGGUGCGGCGGAGGAGGCGGCGCAGCCGGCGGGUCUGCGUCCCACGGCGCGGCUGCAGGUGGCAGCAGGGGCUUUGCCCAGCUGCCUCCAGACGGAGCGCUGCGCCCGCUGCUGGAGUCGCUGCUGGAAGGGCGCUGGGUGCUGCCAGGGGAUGAGGACGCCGGCGCUGCAGGCGGUCAGGAGCUGGCGGCGGCGGAUGCCGCUGCCAUCCUGCGCUGCGUUGCAGCAGCGGAGCGGCUGCCGGGGAUGAACUACAGCGCUGUGUGCCGCCGCCUGCUGCGCACAUUCAACGCGCCAGCAGUGGCGUCAGAGGAGGUGCAGCACGCGGUGGUGUCCUUUGUGGCUGACCAGGGCGCUCGGCAGCAGCAGCACCACCACCUGGCAGACCUGGCGGCCGAGCUUGUGGGCCAGCGCUGCCUGGCAGCUGCCGCAGUCGCCGCCCAGCGCCGCGUGUUGCUCCGCCUCCCGCAGCUGCAGGCGGCCCUGCCUGAGUCCCAAGCAGUCGGUGCACUGCAUGCAGUGUGCCAGUAUGUGGCAGCCGCACCUGCCAGCCAGCGCCUUCUCCUGCCGCUACUGCAUGCCACAGAGCAGCUGCUCUGCGGCACCAGUGCCACCAGCACAGGGCUGCGGCUGGCAGCGCAGCAGGCCAUGGCAGAGCUGCUGCUGCCGCUGCUUCCGGCACCUGGCCAGUACCCACUGCACCUGACAGCAGCCCUCACAGCCACAGACAGCGAGGAGUAUCAGAUCAGCACGGGCUGCUAUCCCGAUGCACUGCUAUCCAUGCAGCAACGCUGCUGGGCCGCCGCCUUGCGCUGCCUGCAGCUGCUGCCCAGGCAGCAGCUUGAGGGGGUGCUUCAGCAACCGCUGGUGCUGCAGCAGCUGCCGCUGCAUGCGGCCUACGCAACGGCAGCCCUGGUAGCGAACGGCGCCCUGGAAGGCCGGGCGCUGCAGCACCCCCGUAACCUGCUGCUGGCGGCACCCGGCGGUGGCAGCGGGUCUGGCAGUCUCAGUUGGAAGCAGCAGGGCCUGGUGGCAGCCUUUGUGGGCCGCGCCGUGGCGACACUGCCAGAAGGCCAGCAGCAGCAGUGGCUGCUUGAUGUGCUGGAGGCAUGCGGGGUGAGCCCCUUUGCGCUCUCCGCCUGCGCCAGCGUGGGUGGUGCCUUGCAGCUGGCGGCCGCCAUCCUUGCCAGCUCAGCAGCGGCAGCAGGCGCCACCGACCAGAUCGCAGCAGACCACAUCUCCACCGCUGGCCCGUCAGAUGCCGCGGUGCACAGCCUGCCCUUCACCCUGCCGGUGCUGCUGGCCAGCCCCGCCUGGCAGCACGGUGCCUCUGCAGCUUUGUUGCUGCAGCGGCUGUCAGCGGCGCUGCAUGCUGCGCAGGAGCAGAGCAUUAGUGUGGACAACCUGGCGCUACUGCGCCGCUGCCUGCUGGCUGCCCGCCACUACCUGCCGCUAGACAUGUGGCAGCAGCUGGCCAGUCUGCUCUGA